CACUUUGAAGGCCUCUACACUGAGGAUGGAAUUUGGGGUAGCGAUACCACUAGGAGGAGUGAAGCUGCUGUUGCUGUUGUUAUUGACAAUAAGGCUGAGUUUGAAGCAAAGUUGUGUUUUAACUAUCAAAAAUUGGAGUGGGGAGGGUUGUCGAAAGCAAUAGAAAACGAGGUUGGAAAAGUAAAGUUCACCAAGUUAGCCAUGGACCAGAUUGAAGAAGGAAAUCGGCCAUGA